UCCACCGUACAGUUCAGCGCACUACCACUCUGCAAAGCAGCACAACAACGCACAUUCUUAGCGUCGUUGGUUGUUGCAUGUACUAGUACGUACGUACCCAACAACAGCUCAACAAAAAACAGAGCAGAAACAGAGCACGCUCUCUCUCUCUCUCUCUCUCUCUCUCUCUCUCUCUCUCUCUUGCUGCAUAAAACUUGCAAUCUUGACACUUUCCCUGAUACCCUUUUACAUUCUCUUCAAUUGGCUUGGUAAUUAAAAAAAAACAAAAAUGGAAGGAGAAAGUAACAAAGACAACAACAGUUCAGAGGUAUCACAUGACAAUGAAGAAACCAGCAGCCAUGAUAUUUCAGAGGAUCAUCAAAUUCAAAAUCAACAAUUUGUUGAAACAAGUGGGACCCAAUGGAGUUCCUUACCAAAACUACCUCAAAAUAAUUAUGUUGAAUAUCUCUCUGAAUCCUCAGCUAGUUAUCUUCCAAACCCUACGAUUCAUGGGAAUAAUUAUCAAAAUUUUGGUGGUGGUAGUAGCAGCUUCAAUGAUUCAGGAAAAGCUGCUUUUGAUUUUAAGUUUAUUGGUUCUUCAAGUACUGAUUUUGGCAUUAAAAAGCGUGUUGGGUUUAGGAGAUAUGAUGAAGGAAAGGAAGUGAUUAAAGCUGAAAUUGGAAGUAGUCACAAUCUUCUCUGUGCUCAGGGUCAUGCAACAUGGACACCUGAUUCAGUUGGAGAUAAACAGAAUGCUUCAAGAUUUGAUCCAAUGGGAAUGGUUGCUGCACCUUCUUUACUUCAAAGAUCACGAGGUAGCUCCUCAAAACAGAGAACUGAGAAAGCGCGUUACACCGACCGCCAACGCAGGCAACGUCUCGCCGACAACCUCAAAGCUUUACACGAAUUGCUUCCAAAUCCAGAAAUGGGUAGUCAAGCUCAAGCUUACAUACUAGAUGACAUAAUUGACUAUGUUAAUUACUUGCAAGUUCAAGUAAAGGAACUAAGUGGAAGUAAAUUGCAAGCUGAUUCAAAUGCUAUACCACUAGUUUUUCAUGAGGGUUAUGGUCAUUAUAUAAAGGGACAAAUGCUUAAUGAGCCACUUGAAGAGAUAAUGGGAAAACUACUUGAAGAAGAUUCAGCAGCAGCAAGUCAGCUACUUGAAAAGAAAGGUCUUAUUAUGCUGCCUAUUUCUCUUGCUGAUGACUUGAACCAAGCUAUACAAUUGUGGAACCAAUCUAGCAUGUAGUUGUUUUUGUUUUUUUGGAAAUCUAUGGUACUUUGAGGUGGUGUGUGUUACUGUGUUGGGAAUUGUUUGGUUCUUAACUCCUUUGAUUGGUUCAUGGUGUGUUACUGUUUCUGUUUCAAUUUCUGCUUGGCACAAUGUUUCACAUGCUUGUUACUAAUACUCAUUUUCAUUGAGUGCACUUUAUUUUAUGUUA